UACUACUCUCUUUGCUCUGCUUUCUUAAUUCCUUGCACGUACACUUUUUUUUUAUAAAUUUUAAAAAUAUGGAGUCCAGCAAUACGACGAUCACCACCACAACACCGUCGUCUCCUUGCUCCGUAUUACCGCCAACUAACUCUCCAUCUCCGCCGCGGGUCGUGGCCACACCUUGUGCUGCCUGUAAGAUAUUACGGCGGAGAUGCGCGGAGAAAUGUGUGUUGGCACCUUAUUUUCCUCCCAGUGAACCCAUCAAAUUCACCAUUGCUCAUCGUGUUUUUGGUGCUAGCAAUAUUAUCAAGUUCUUGCAGGAAUUGCCGGAAUAUCAAAGAGCAGAUGCUGUAAGUAGCAUGGUGUACGAGGCUAACGCUAGGAUGAGGGAUCCAGUCUAUGGUUCUGCUGGGACAAUUUGUCAACUUCAAAAACAAGUAAAUGAGCUACAAGCACAAUUAGCCAAAACACAAGCUGAACUCGUCAAUAUCCAAUGCCAACAAGCUAAUCUCAUGGCCUUUGUUUACAUGGAAAUGGGACCAUCUCCACCAACAUCACCCCAACAAUCUUUGGACAAGUUCACCAAUAGUACUAUACAUGCCACCACCCAAAAUAACAUGAGUUUCUUAGAUGAAAACAACAAUAAUGGGACCCUGGAGACUCUUUGGACAUGAUCAAAAAGGAAGAUAUAUGUAUAUGUUCCUCAAACAACAUUCACACAUCGAGACAGAUCUAGAACUUAAAUUUGAUUGAUUCAAGUUUUCAAGUUCUUAUUAUUGAAUUCGAUAUAAUUAUACUUUUGAAAUAUCUCAUAGGUUAUGUCAAAACUUUAGUGUUAUUUUAAAUAUUAUGUUUUAUGUAAAAAAUAAUGGAUGCAACGGAACAGAAUCUGGUAAAGCGGGGUUUAUCUGCCUCUGUGUUUAUAUAUAUAGUCAUGGGAGCAGAUUUAACUCCCUAGAAGGUUAUAGUGGA